GUGACGAUUAUCUUUGGCGAGGGUCGGCAGUAUUUGUUUAUAUUUGUGUGUUGUUUGUAUGAACCGGCAAGUCUUAAAUAUUAGCAAUGCCGUUUAUGAAAGGGCGAGCACCCAUAAGAAGGACUCUGAAGUAUCUUGAAGCAGGAAAACUUAUUUUCAAACCCAGAGUAAAGAUAUUUACGGUUAAUUACAACACUUCUGGUGAUCAUCAUCAGGGAGCAAGGGACUUUGUAUUUUGGUACCUUCCUCAGAUUCAGUACAAAAAUCCAGAUGUCCAAGUUGCAACAUUUAAGAACAUGACACCAUCACCUUUUAUAAGAUGUUUUUUUGAUGAUGGAGAACAAAUGUUAAUUGAUAUUGACAGUAAAACCAAGGAGCAAGUACAUAAUCAUGUGCAAAAAGUAAUAUGUAAACCGGAGAGUGUUUUGGCUGCAGAAUUAACAGCCAAGGAGAAGAAAGACAAUCCUGCAAAUUUUGGUUUUGGCUGUGAAAAGCAUUGCAUAUGUGAAAUCCUUGGACAGGUUCCAUGCCCUGGUGUAGUUCCAUUGCCAAAAGAAUGGAGAGGGAAAUACAAAUAUAAGAAAGAAUAAAAUCUCCAUACUUGUAAAGACCUCAUGCUAAUAGAUAUAUUUGUUGUUGUGUAUAAAUAAAUGUGUGGACAGUACCGAAUUAUAGUCUCCAGUGUCAUUGUUUGAAUCUGUGAUAUGUUGUUAACAUAUAAUGUAUUCGUAGAAAGAGUAUUUGUUGAACAGGCUCUAAUCAUUAUUUCACUGUUUGUUAUCUGCAAACAAUAGCCAGUUUUUAUUGUAGGUUCAGACAAAUUUCAGUUUUUUUUAAAGCCAUGGUAUAAGUGAAUUGGAAUGAUCAAUAAAUCACUCACACC